AGGUGGUGUCACGUCAUGAUUGACAGCUGUAAUAUGCGCAUUCUGCGAGGGCGGGGCCUUGAUUUCGCGGCUUUACUUCCUACUCAGUACUUCUCUCUCCAGUACAGCAGGAGGCGCUCUGCAGAUCUUUUGUCCGCAGAUAAACCCACUAAAGAAAGAAAGAAAGAGCUCGCGUGUGAUGUGUUUGUGUAUCCUCAGUGUUUUUCUCUCUUGAGUGUUUUACUGAGUGUAAACAGAGUCUUGUAUUUUAGUGUUGAUGAUAAGAUGGAUGUGAUGUGUUGUAACGUUAAAUCAGGAACUGAUCAGGGCUUACAGGAUGAGGAAUCUACUGAUCAAACCUCCACAGAGUCUCUGGAUUCUGUCUGUAAAGCUGGAGAACAGCAGCAGAUCCUGCAGACCAAACUCAAGAUGUGUUCAGUCAAACUGGAGGACAGCGGGAACCCAACAGAGAUAAAAACUGAAAAGACAGAAGAGGAAGAUCACAAAGAUUAUGAUGAUUUUCUUGCAUCAGAUGUGAAGAGUGAAUUAUGUUCGGAUGAAGAAAUAACAUCCUCAACAUCAGAAGAAAGGAAACACACAGAACAGAAACUCUUCACCUGCACCAGAUCUAAGAUCAGCAUUACUAACUUACAAGAGAAGAAACAUCAUUCACAAGAGCACAGUGAGAAGAAGUUUCAUUGUCAGCAGUUGUGGGCGAAUUUUGACUUUUUAUCUCAGCUGGAAAGCCACAUGGAGACACAGAGUGAUGAAAAGUCUUUCUGCUGCACUGAAUGUGGCAAAUAUUUCAGCAGCAAACAAAGUCUUGGGCUUCAUCAGAGAAUUCACACAGGAGAAAAACCAUACGAGUGUCCUCAGUGUGAGAAGAGGUUCAGCCAAAGACAUCAUCUGAAGACACAUAUGUUUACACACACCAAUGACAGUCCAUAUCAGUGCAGUGAAUGUGGAAAAACCUUUAGGUAUGCACGUACAUUAAAAUCACACCACCAUAUUCACUCUGAAGAGAAACUGUAUCAAUGUUCACAUUGUGAUAAACAUUUCGGUCAGAAGUAUCAGCUGAUAGAACAUGAGAGAAUUCAUACUGGAGAGAAACCUUACGUCUGCCCUCACUGUGGAAAGAGCUUCUCUCAUUCAUCUAAUAUCAGAGUGCAUCUGAGACUUCACACUGGAGAGAAACCUCAUCACUGUAAUGUUUGUGGGAAGAGUUUUAAUCAACGUGAACAUUUAGUGUCACACCAGAGAAUUCAUACAGGUGAAAAACCUUUCAAAUGCUCUCAGUGUGAGAAGACGUUUGCUCGAUCAGGUCAGGUAAAAGUCCACGAGAGAGUUCAUACUGGAGAGAAACCUUACGUCUGUUCUCAAUGCGGGAGGAGAUUUACUCAGACAUCUACUUUGAGAGUUCAUGAGAGAGUUCACACUAGAAAGAAACCUCAUCACUGCUCGAUCUGUGGAGAGAGAUUUGUUCAUUCUGGAAGUCUUCAGAAGCAUCAGAAGAAACAUACUGAAGAAAAAACUACACUAAAAUCAUCAUAAGCCCUUUUCACAAAGACAAUGGAAAAUACACAAAAAAAUAUGCAUCUGGGAUUUGUCCAGGAUUGUUUGAUUUUCGGUUCAUUCACACUAUCAAUUAUUCUCUGGAAUCUGUGUGCAUUCACAGAUGCCAUCAUAAUUCAGGAGGUGUUCUCCAAAUCCUCGAUUCGAAUACAUUCAGGUCAUGAUUCGAUUAGAUUCUUGGUUGUUACUUACUAUUUUUGUUGGUAUGCCAUUUUUAGACUAGACUUUUAUGAAAUAUAAUAUCUGACCUUGUACCCGUAGAAGCCCUGGGAUGUUAGUCCUGCUGCCAGUGGAAAAAUAUGGUACACGCACGUAACUUCCUAAAAACAUGCUUUUAUUACCGUCAGAUGAGAUUGUGAGACGAUACC